CGGCAGCAGCAGCGGGUAGAAAAUGGCGGAUUUCGAGGAGCUGCGGAAUAUGGUAUCAAGUUUUCGUGUUUCUGAGCUACAAGUGUUGUUGGGGUUUGCUGGACGUAAUAAAAGUGGGCGGAAACAUGACCUCCUGAUGAGGGCACUGCACUUACUGAAGAGCGGCUGCAGCCCAGCAGUUCAGAUAAAAAUCCGAGAACUCUAUAGGCGUCGGUACCCAAGGACGAUUGAAGGACUUUCAGACUUAUCGUCUAUAAAACCUGCGGUUUUCAAUUUGGACAGUAGUUCCUCUCCUGUCGAGCCUGACCUGGCUGUUGCUGGCAUUCACCCACUCCCUUCUACUUCGGUCACGCCUCAGUCUCCUUCCUCGCCUGUCAGUUCUGUGCUCCUCCAAGACACUAAGCCCCACUUUGAGAUGCAGCAGCCGUCCCCUCCGAUUCCACCCGUUCAUCCCGAUGUUCAACUGAAAAGCCUACCUUUUUAUGAUGUACUUGAUGUGCUCAUAAAACCUACAAGUUUAGUACAGAGCAGUAUUCAGAGGUUCCAAGAGAAGUUUUUUAUCUUUGCUUUAACACCUCAGCAGGUCAGAGAAAUCUGUAUUUCCAGGGACUUCUUGCCAGGGGGCAGGAGAGAUUACACAGUCCAAGUUCAGCUAAGGUUAUGCCUAGCAGAGACAAGCUGCCCUCAAGAAGAUAAUUACCCUAAUAGUUUGUGUAUUAAAGUGAAUGGGAAGCUGUUUCCAUUGCCGGGAUAUGCUCCACCGCCAAAAAAUGGAAUUGAACAGAAGCGACCUGGGCGCCCCUUGAAUAUAACAUCUCUAGUUAGGUUGUCGUCAGCAGUGCCAAACCAGAUUUCCAUUUCCUGGGCUUCUGAAAUUGGAAAGAAUUACUCCAUGUCUGUGUAUCUCGUUCGUCAGCUCACUUCAGCUAUGCUUUUGCAGAGGUUAAAAAUGAAAGGUAUCAGAAACCCCGAUCAUUCCAGAGCACUAAUUAAAGAAAAACUAACUGCAGAUCCUGAUAGUGAGAUUGCCACAACCAGUCUGCGGGUAUCUCUGAUGUGUCCUCUGGGAAAAAUGAGACUGACAAUCCCAUGCCGGGCUGUUACUUGCACACACCUGCAAUGUUUUGAUGCUGCUCUUUAUCUUCAAAUGAAUGAAAAGAAGCCUACCUGGAUCUGCCCUGUCUGUGACAAAAAGGCAGCUUAUGAGAGCCUAAUAUUAGAUGGGCUCUUUAUGGAAAUCCUCAAUGAAUGUUCAGAUGUGGAUGAGAUCAAAUUCCAAGAAGAUGGCUCCUGGUGCCCCAUGAGGCCAAAGAAAGAAGCUGUGAAAGUCUCAAGUCCACAGUGCACCAAAAUCGAAAGUUCCAGUGUUGUUAGCAAACCGUGUUCUGUGACGGUGGCCAAUGAGGUAAACAAGAAGAAAGUUGACGUUAUUGACUUGACAAUAGAAAGCUCGUCUGACGAAGAGGAAGAUCCUCCUGCCAAAAGGAAGUGCAUAUUUAUGUCUGAAACACAAGGAAGCCCAACCAAAGGGGUUCUCAUGUAUCAGCCAUCUACCGUCAGAGUGCCCAGCGUGACAACAGUCGAUGCUGCUGCUAUUCCUCCUUCAUUAACAGACUACCCAGUACCAUUCCAUCAUCCACCAAUAUCCAGUAUUUCAUCAGACUUGCCAGGUCUGGAUUUUCUUUCACUAAUCCCAGUUGAUUCACAGCAGUACUGUCCUCCUAUGUUUUUGGAUAGUCUCACCUCAACCUUAACAAGCAGCACGCCUGGCAGCAUCAUCACAUCAACCAGUCACCACGAGAGCAGCACGCACGUUAGCUCCUCCAGCAGGAGCGAGACAGGAGUGAUAACCAGCGGCGGAGGCAGCGCUCCCGACAUCAUCUCACUGGACUGAAACAAGGGCCAGCGCAGGACUCCUGGAGAAAUUGCACAGAGCUGCUGCUUGUAUCUCUGGAACUUCAGCAUCUCAGAAGUUAUUCUGAUAUUUAUUGAAAGGAUUUGCCUUCUGGAAAAUGGAGUGAAUUCAUCUACACUAGGAACAGAAGCGGUAGAUUUUUUUUUUUUUCCCUUGCUUGUUAAAUAGCUGGUAUAGAAAAGGCCCCUUCAGAACACGCUUUCAUGCUUUCAGCUUGUUCUGGGGAAACUGACUUUUUGUUGCUGGGUGGAUCCCACAAAUGGUUUUUAAUUUUGUUGUAAAACACAGCAAUAAUGUAAAAACAAACUUUUUUAAUUAAAAAGGCACUUAACCACUCUAGAACAACAACAACAACCUGGACAAAGGUGCAGAAGUGUAUGCAUUGGUGAAUUUUUAAUAUUUUCACUGGGGCCUGUAAUAAACUUCAUUUAAGACAAUGAAGCUUUGUGAAAUAGCCAUGACUUGUGUUGUAUGUCUCUUGUUCCCCACUUCCCCCUUACCUGGGGAUGUAGGGGAAGCCUCUGUAAAUGGGAUUGUUUUG